AUGGCAGCAAUCGGCUCCCUCGUUUUUUGUACCGACUGCGGCAAUCUUCUGCCUUCUACCAAAGGCACAGAUCGAAAUGUGCUGAAAUGCGAGUGCUGCGAUGCCGAAAACCAAGAUACCGGAGCGAAAGCGACAGUCACGCAAUCGAAGCCAUCCGACUUCCCUUCGUUCCUCAGACAAAAGCUGCAGUCCAGCGUCCAGGCCAUCGAGCGACACAAUAUCCAGACCGAUAGUACUAUACAGGAGCCUUGCCCUAAGUGCGGCCGCGAGGAGGUUCGGUAUACAAACGUGCAGCUUCGCAGUGUAGACGAAGGUUCAACUAUUUUCUACAUGUGCGACUGUGGCUAUUCGUGGCAGCAGGACAAUUAA